UAGUGCACUAAUCACUAUGCAAUUCUAAUUUUUUUCCCUUUUUUUGUUUGUUUGUCGUAACUAAGAGAGAGAGAGUGCGUUGAAGCUUUUCUUCUUCAAUAUUCCUUUUCCUUCCUUCAAUUUUCCUUUCCUUUCAAUCUUCCUCUGCUCAUUCCGAUUCCUCCUCCCCAAAAUCACACUCUUCCACUUCCGAUUCCUCCUUAUUCAUCCUCUGUUUUUUUUUUCCAACCUUUUCCGAUACCAAUUUUUUUAGUUUCUUCGUUCUUUAAUGAUCGGAAACGAAAAAAAAAUUAGAUUUUGAAAUUUGGGUAUUGUUUAUAAUAAUAACCCUGUUCUUCCUCCGUUUUCUCGGUGAAUAAACGGAGGAGAAUCAUUGUGAAAAGAAUUGGAAAAUGCUGGGUACUGCACUGCAAUUUGGGGGUGCUCGUGGUGACGAUCGGUUUUACAUUCCUGUGAAGGCAAGAAAGAAUCAGAACCAGCGUAAGCAAGCUCAGAGAGUCAAGAAUGGGGAAGAUGAAACUGCAGAUUCAAUUUCUGAUAAUAAUAAUAAAAAUAAUAUUAAUAACAGUAAUAAUACUGCUACUACUAAUAAUCAAUCUUUGUACUCACCAACAACAACUCCAUCUGUAGAGUCUCUUAGUAACAUUGAUAGGUUCUUGGAUUCCACUAAGCUAUUGGUUCCUGCUCAGUAUUUCUCCAAGACGACAAUGAGAGGUUGGAAGACUUGUGAUGUUGAGUAUCAGUCUUAUUUUGCUCUGAAUGAUCUAUGGGAAUCAUUCAAGGAGUGGAGUGCAUAUGGUGCUGGAGUCCCUUUACUACUUGAUCAAAGGGAAUCUGUAGUCCAAUAUUAUGUUCCAUAUUUGUCAGCUAUUCAGCUAUAUGGUCAACGUACAGAGAAGUCAAGUGCCAAGCCAAGGUACACAAGUGAAGAUAGUGAUGGUGAUUACUACAGAGACUCAUGUAGUGAAGGAAGCAGUGAUUAUGAAUCUGGAAAAAGGACCGAAUGUUUUAUGGCACAGAGAAGCAGUAAACACCUGACAAAUGGCGUCUCUUCUCAAAUGAGCACACUGUCUGUACACGAUAAACACAAUACGGUACAAGAAGGCUUUUCUAGUAGUGAUGACAGUGAAACUGGAAAUCCUCAAGAACUGCUUUUUCAGUAUUUGGAGCAAGGUCAUCCUUAUAGUCGUGAACCGUUGGCUGACAAGAUACUAGAUCUUGCACGCCACUAUCCCGCCCUCAAGUCAUUGAGAAGUUGUGAUUUAUUGCCAACAAGUUGGAUGUCUGUUGCAUGGUAUCCUAUAUAUCGAAUACCUACAGGUCCUACAUUAAAAGAUUUAGAUGCAUGCUUUCUAACCUACCAUACACUCCAUACAUCCUUGACAGGAAGUGGACCCACUCCUGGUCCUGUACUGGUUUAUCCCAGUGAGAUGGAUGGUGUACCAAAGAUUUCCAUUCCUACUUUUGCAAUGGCCGCCUAUAAAUUAAAGGGAUCUAUUUGGAUGAAAAAAGAAGUUGGUGAUAAUCAAGUAAUGAAUUCCCUCUUGCAGGCUGCAGAUAAAUGGUUAAGGCUAGUUCAGGUGAACCACCCGGAUCAUCAGUUCUUUAAAUCGCACGGCACGUAUUACAAAUGAAUUGAGUGAUAUGACAUGCCAGUUUCGUUCCCUUUGGCUAAAACUAAGCCUUAAUUUCUGUGUUCAUUGCCUUGGUGCAAACUUUAUAAAAGUCCAUCCAUCUGUAGAGAUUGUGAUGACAUGGUAUGGUGGGGACAGCCCAAUUGUCGGUUUUUGUUAUACACAUAAGCAGCACAAAAGAUGAAACUGAUCUCAAGCGAUGAAUUCGUAGAGAUCGGCAAAGUAGAAAAAGAAAAAAAAAAAGUGGUUUUUAUAAGUAAAACUCCCUACUGAAAAGGGAGAGAAACUAAAUAUGAAACAAAAGUUAAGUGGGUAAUGGCAAACAGAUUAACAGAGAGGAUGUGUGGGUUUAAGGUAAAUUGUAUAUGUCUUUACAGUUCAAUAGUGGCUGUGAUGAUCCCUUUAAUUUCUGGACAUAAAUAUUUACACAUGUUGUGAUUAUAGAAGAAAAUGGAAGAAAUACUAGAUUUUGCUGUGUGGUAAGGCACAAUUUUGGCACUAUCUGAUGAAUAUCUUUGUUGUUAUGAUGAUAGGAAAGAUAGUAUUGUACAAUAUUUUGCUUUUUUUUUUCCUUCUCAAAUAAAUGUUGCACUCUUAAUUAAAAUGUCAUUCCUUUGGGAUUCUUGUUGUGAGAAACACAUGAUCGUCUUGUUGUUAUUAGACAAUGUUAAUUAUAAGUUCCAUGAAGAUGGAAUGCUAGGUAAAGUAUCCAUGAAA